CUUCAAGUUUCAGCUGCCUCAUCGGCAGAUUUGACGCAGAGCGCAGCUGGGAAGGAUUGAUCACAGCGGCAUGGAGUGCUGCAACCUUGCACACCCAUCAGCAUUGUUUGCACGGUGCCUGCAUUCGCGGGCAGUCAACGGAGGCAGCCAGUGCAGGAUUAUCCACUUUGUGGCAUUGCCGUGCUUUGGCGCCACUGCACGCUCAAGCAGCCUCUUCCAGCUCCCAGCUUGCUUUCAAAAUGGACAGUCACUCGUCCCCCCUGCCAAUGUCCUCUCUGCUCCUGUUUCUGCUGCCACAUUGGUCCAGGCCCAGCUGGCGGCCACCCUAAAACCCAUCUCAAAAGUCACCCAGGCAGACCAGGAAGCCACACUUCUGUCUGAGCUCUGGCAGGCAGCGCAGGUUGGGCCACAGCCCCCCUUAUUGCAGCUAACUGUCAGCCCGACGGGUGUGCGAGGCCUGGCGGUGCCCAGCGGGGCCGCCGUGCAAGCGGGCCAACUGCUCUUGUCGGUACCCAUAGCUGCAGUACUGAUGGUACCAAAGGAGACAAAAGGGGGGCAACAAGGGGGCGGAGAAGCGGUGGGAUCGAGGGGUGGUUUGCAUGAGGCGGUCUGUCGGCUGGCCGUCAAGCUGCUGGCGGAGCUGCAGCGGCCAGACUCCGUGUGGCAGCACUAUGCGCGCCUGCUGCCAGCCCAUUACGAGUCGGUUGCUGAUUGGACCCCUCAAGAGCUGUCAGAGCUCCAGAGCAAGGCAGCAGUGGGGGCAGCUCUUGCGGCUGAUGAUGAGUGGCAAGACCAGGCCACACGCAUCCAAUUGGCCGCCAACUCCCGUCUGGACACCAACCCCUCGAUUCCAACCCCAGUGAAGGGACCUUCUACCCUUCCACCCUCCUUCUCUCGAGCUUCGCCUCUCACAACCUCCUCACCAAGCGAGUCGCCAAAGAGAGAGAGCCUGCAAACGGAUGUCGAGGUUGACAAUUACGAACCCCCUUCCGAUGGUCCAAGCGUCUCGCUAUCCCUCGUAUCAGCUAUCUCAUCGGAACCUCCUCCCACCCCCCCGUUGUGGCGACCCCCUUUCAGCCACGCCACCGCCCUGUGGGCCCUCCGCACCGUCUUGACUCGCAGCUUCUCCACGACUCUAGAGGGGGUUCCGGUGCAGUGCUUGGUCCCUGUGGCGGACAUGCUCAACCAUGCCCCGCCCACCUUAGCGCUCCCACUGCGAGCUCGACAUACUGCAAGGCCGUUCCAGGCCAACCCGUCACCUGUUCGGCCGCGGUCGCACUCUUCGCCGGACCUGGGCUUUGCCCAGUGGAGGAUCCACAGCCCUCAGGGUGCCCCCCCGGCUGAAGCCUGCUUCCAGGUCUUCGCAUCUACCCCCCUCUCGGCCGGCCAGGAGGCCACCAUCUCUUAUGGCCCCCACACCAACUUAGAGUUUCUCGUCUCCUAUGGCUUUGUGCCCAACAUAAACCCAGCGGACAAAGUGCCGCUCUAUGACUGCCUCAAGGCUCUGCUUGACGACGUGGACGCCCCGGUCAGAUUGGCCCGCCAGAAAGAGGAGCUCCUGACCACGUUGAUGGGCGGUAGCCGCAACCUCGCUGCAGACGCAGACGGCGCCGCCCCCCGGCUGCUCGAGUCACUGUACGUCCUCCAUGCGCGCGAUGCCGCAGAGCUGUCGUCCUUGGAGGCGGAGUGGCACCGCAGCGCGAGCCUGAGUGGUGCCGCCAUCAGUCGGCCGACGCGUGCAGCGGCCGCCCGGCAGGUCGUGCAGCGGUGCGAAGCCCUGCUAGGGCAGCAUGCGACGACGCUCGACGAGGACCGACGGCUCUCGGAAGAACUAGACGCGGGGACUUUCGAUGGCAAGGGUCGGGAUAUUGGGAGGUUGCGCAUGGCGCUCCGGCUACGAAUGUCGAGAAAGCAGAUUCUGACAGAAACGAGAGAGCGAUAUGCAGCGCUAGCUGGGUUAACGGAGUUGUGAUACUUGAUGGAUCCACUAUACAAGGAAGCUGUUCGGGAUGCUUCUACACAAGUAUUCAAGUUGGUAAACGCUCGGCCUUGUAUGCGACUCUACAUGCUUCGGCAAUCUGGCCCAUUGACGGGUUUAGGGAGAUAAGGUGGUUGGUAGGAUACAUGCUUACUGUCAUGCGCGCAGGUUUAU